AUGGAUGCACCGCCAGUGCCGCCAGCACCAACAGAAGAACAGAUGGCUCUUUCCGAUGCGACCUUCAAGCAGGUACCGCUCUGCAUCGAUCCGAACACAGAUAUUCUCAUGUCCCCCACCCACGAUAUGACCCUCCUCAACGCUCUCAGCCGGUCCCUCAAAGCAUUGCCGCCGCAGAUCGCGUUCCCACCCCCGCCGAACGUAGUACUCCCGCAGCGCAGCAUGGCGGUCAACAAGGCCCGGGAAGACGGCAAUGCGGCAUUCAAGAAGAAGGACAUGGUGGAGGCGAUCAAGAUGUACACGCUUGCCGUCGACGUGGCAGCGUCAAGACCGUUGUGGGAGUCGAAUCAGAUCGCGCGCGAGGAGUUGGCAGCAGUCUUGGCGAACCGCUCAGCGGCGCUUGCAGCAGUUGAAGACUGGAUCGGCGCACUGUGUGACGCCGACGCGGUCAUCAAUCUCAAGAAGCCGUGGGCAAAAGGGUACUUCAGGAAAGGAAAGGCACUCGCGGGGCUUGGAAGGUUCAAAGAAGCAAAGGAGGCCUACGAAAUGGGCAUGCAAUUCGACCCGGAUAACCCAGACUUUGCCGCAGCACUCGCGGAGCUACCCAAGCGCGAGACGUCUUGA